AUGAGCUUCGCUGGUAUGCUCAAUCGCCUUCAUGGCCAACCGGAGAGCUAUGACAAAAAAUCAAAGUACAAGUUCGGUCGCACGCUUGGUGCUGGCACCUAUGGCAUCGUCCGCGAGGCCGACGGCCCGACGGGCAAGGUGGCCGUCAAGAUCAUCCUCAAGAGGAAUGUCAAAGGCAAUGAGACGAUGGUCUACGACGAGCUCGACAUGCUUCAGAGGCUGAAGCACCCACACAUUGUUCAGUUUGUCGACUGGUUCGAAUCCAGGGACAAGUUCUACAUUGUGACCCAGCUCGCGACCGGUGGUGAGCUUUUUGACCGAAUCUGCGACCAGGGCAGAUUUACGGAAAAGGAUGCCUCUCAGACCAUCAAGCAGGUCCUCAGCGCCGUCGACUACCUCCACGACAACGACGUCGUCCACCGAGAUCUAAAGCCCGAGAAUCUCCUCUACGUGACCCGAGAGCUAGAGUCGAACCUUAUCCUCGCCGAUUUCGGCAUCGCCAAGACGCUGGAUAGCAAGGAGGAGACGCUCAAGACCAUGGCCGGUUCCUUUGGCUACGCGGCCCCCGAAGUCAUGGAGCAGAAGGGACAUGGCAAGCCCGUGGACAUGUGGUCCAUGGGCGUCAUCACAUACACGCUGCUCUGUGGCUACUCUCCCUUCCGGAGUGAGAACCUGAAGGACCUCCUCAACGAGUGCACGACGAACCAGGUGACCUUUCACGAGCGGUAUUGGAAAGACGUCAGCCAGGACGCCAAGGACUUCAUUCUCAAGCUGAUCGUACCCAAUCCCGACAAGAGAUGGACCAGCAAGCAAGCCAUGGGUCACAUUUGGCUGACCGGCAAGAAUGCUACCGAGCACGACUUGGUGCCUGAGCUGCUCAAGGCUCGCGAGCUCAGGAGGAAAUUUAAGCACGCCAUUCUAGCCGCCAGCCUGAAGAAGAGGAUCGCCGACCUCAAGGAUGCCGAGUCCGACUCCGACAACGACAUGAAAGAUGCCGAGGAUGCCAUUCCCGAAGGCGCCGCCGACCUCCAGCCCAAGAGCGGCGAAUCUUCGAAGCAAGUCUCCCUCAAGGAUAAGUUGAAGGAUGGAGCCCUGUUCCGCGAAGUUGUCCUUGCCAAGGUGAAGGAUGAGAAGCAGAAGAAAGAGUCUCUCGAGGCAGAUAUGGAGCUGGAGAAGGAGGCCAGGCGUCGCAGCUUCAAUGGCGGAUCCUGA